AGGCUGGGGGUGCUGAGGGCAGCCCCGGGCAACGUGAGUUUUCCCAGUGGUGAGCCCUCUGGUCCGCCUCCCCAGGGCCUGGAUGGGCUGCAGAGCUUCACUUUGCUGUCCAGCAGAGUGACGUCCUGUGGGGCUGGGCCCAGGAGGGGUGGGGGCAACCAGGGCCGUGUGGGCAGGCUUAACAAGCUUGGUGUUGAGGCGGGACACCUCCAGGACCUUCCCCAGCUUCUCCCCACCCUAGGGGUUAGGCUUCUGGCUAGCCAGGGGCCCUAUGUGGGGACAGUUAUGUGGCCCCAGGCGGAGAGGUCCCGCUCUCUGUUUGCUGAAGGAGGAAAAACAACACGCGGACUAUUGAUUCAGCCUCACCUUAGCGCUCCUGGCUCAGCAGCAGUGUUUGCCCUGGCUGCCUGGGCUCAGAUGACGCAAGGCUGGUGGGCGUGGAGCCACCAAAAGGGGCUACUGCAGGCCUCCAGGCCAGGACUGGGUGGCCCUGUCGUCUCCCAGGAAACUGUGUAAAAAGAGAGCCUGGGCCCCCUGACUUUGCUGAUGGCCUGGGCCAUAGAGGGAGGGUGAAGCCACUGCAAUCCCCCUUUCCCUUGCUCAGCCCCCAGAGCCCACACCCCAUCUUAGGUGGCCCCCUCUUUCUUGCCAGAGGCUAUGAGUCUUUGCAGGUAACUCCCCAUGGCUGGGUCUGAACCAGGAAGCCCUAGUGAGCUGUGUAGGUGCCGCCCAUUAAAACACUUUAAAAGUCCACAUUUUACCCUUUUACAAAAUAUACCUGAGUCAUUUGGAAAACAUACAGCGACACGAAGAAGAAAAUAACCGUUACUCGUAAUUAUCACCGUCUUGAGAAAACCGUUGUCAGCAUGUGUCCUUCCAGAUUACGUCCUGUGGUUUUAUAUAAAUAUACGUGUAUGUGUAUAAAUAGUUUCUUUCAAAACAAAAAUGGGAUUGUGGGUACCUGCUGCUUUAUACCCCACCUUUUGGACUUAGAUUCUAGGAAGCAUUUAUUUAGUUGUUGCUUCUGGUUUGGAGUGACUCAAGCCUUCACCCUCAUCUUCCCUCUUCCGUAUUCCUGUGUGUGGAAUAGGUCCAUCGCUCCAUCUAUCUGGCUGUUAGGGGACCAGGUUUUCACCCCUCACCCCCUAGAGGCCCUUUCAGGCCUGGAGUGAGCUGAGGGGUGGGAAGGCAGCUUUAGUGCGUGCCCAGAGAGGGACUGACUCUCCGCCUUUCCCUCCCUUGCUUCCCUCAGAGCCGGCAGCCUGCCUCCUCCCUGCACAGCCCUGCCCAUCUCGGCCCCAUGCCCCCACCAGUCAGCCCCGGGCCACAAGCAGUGAGCAGGUACGCCGGAGCCCAGGCCCUGUGACCAGGCCAAGGAGACGGGGGCUCCGGGGUCCCGGCCACCUGUCCCCCCCCAUGGAGCUGAGGCCCUGGUUGUUCUGGGUGGUAGCAGCAGCGGGAGCCUUGGUCCUGCUGGUGGCCGAUGCCCACGGAGAGAAGGUCUUCACCAACACCUGGGCUGUGCACAUUCCUGGAGGCCCAGCCGUCGCUGACCACGUGGCACGCAAGCAUGGCUUCCUCAACCUGGGCCAGAUCUUCGGUGACUAUUACCACUUCUGGCAUCGAGCGGUGACAAAGCGGUCCCUGUCUCCUCACCGCCUGCGGCACAGCCGGCUGCAGCGGGAACCUCAAGUUAAGUGGCUGGAGCAGCAGGUGGCAAAGCGACGGGCCAAACGGGACAUAUACCAGGAGCCCACGGACCCCAAGUUUCCCCAGCAGUGGUACCUGUCUGGCAUCACCCAGCGGGACCUGAAUGUGAAGGAGGCCUGGGCCCAGGGCUACACAGGGCGCGGCAUCGUGGUCUCCAUCCUGGAUGACGGCAUCGAGAAGAACCACCCAGACUUGGCAGGCAAUUAUGAUCCUGGGGCUAGCUUCGAUGUCAAUGAUCAGGACCCUGACCCCCAGCCCCGGUACACGCAGAUGAAUGACAACAGGCAUGGCACGCGGUGUGCGGGAGAGGUGGCGGCGGUGGCCAACAAUGGUGUCUGUGGCGUAGGUGUGGCCUACAACGCCCGCAUUGGAGGGGUGCGCAUGCUGGACGGCGAAGUGACAGAUGCGGUGGAGGCACGCUCACUGGGCCUGAACCCCAACCACAUCCACAUCUACAGUGCCAGCUGGGGCCCUGAGGACGACGGCAAGACCGUGGAUGGGCCAGCCCACCUGGCUGAGGAGGCCUUCUUCCGGGGGGUCAGCCAGGGCCGUGGGGGUCUGGGCUCCAUCUUUGUCUGGGCCUCAGGGAACGGGGGCCGGGAACAUGACAGCUGCAAUUGUGACGGCUACACCAACAGCAUCUACACGCUGUCCAUCAGCAGCGCCACACAGUUCGGCAACGUGCCCUGGUACAGUGAGGCCUGCUCGUCCACACUGGCCACCACCUACAGCAGUGGCAACCAGAACGAGAAGCAGAUUGUGACCACUGAUCUGCGGCAGAAGUGUACAGAGUCUCACACGGGCACCUCUGCGUCUGCCCCCCUGGCAGCAGGCAUCAUCGCUCUCACCCUGGAGGCCAAUAAGAACCUCACCUGGCGGGACAUGCAGCACUUGGUGGUCCGGACCUCAAAGCCAGCCCACCUCAACGCCAAUGACUGGGCCACCAACGGUGUGGGCCGCAAAGUGAGCCAUUCGUACGGCUAUGGGCUGUUGGACGCCGGCGCCAUGGUGGCUCUGGCCCAGAACUGGACGACGGUGGCCCCCCAGCGGAAAUGCAUCAUCGACAUCCUCACUGAGCCCAAGGACAUCGGGAAGCGGCUGGAGGUGCGGAAGACCGUGACCGCCUGCCUGGGGGAGCCCAGCCACAUCACACGGCUAGAGCAUGCUCAGGCGCGGCUCACCCUGUCCUACAACCGCCGUGGUGACCUUGCCAUCCACCUGAUCAGCCCAAUGGGCACCCGCUCCACCCUGCUGGCCGCCAGGCCACACGACUACUCUGCAGAUGGGUUUAACGACUGGGCCUUCAUGACGACCCAUUCCUGGGAUGAGGAUCCCUCUGGCGAGUGGGUCUUAGAGAUUGAAAACACCAGCGAAGCCAACAACUAUGGGACGCUGACCAAGUUCACCCUGGUGCUGUACGGCACGGCCGCUGAGGGGCCGCCCACACCCGCUGAGAGCGCCGGCUGCAAGACCCUCACUUCCGGCCAGGCCUGUGUGGUGUGCGAGGAAGGCUUCUCCCUGCACCAGAAGAACUGCGUCCAGCACUGUCCCCCAGGCUUCGCUCCCCAAGUCCUGGACACACACUACAGCACGGAGAACGACGUGGAGAUCAUCCGGGCCAGCGUCUGCACGCCCUGCCACACCUCGUGCGCCACGUGCCAGGGCCCCGCCCCCACAGACUGCCUCAGCUGCCCCAGCCACGCCUCCCUGGACCCCGUGGAGCGGAAGUGCUCGCGCCAGAGCCAGAGCAGCCGCGAGUCGCCCCAACAGCAGCCGCCCCCGCGGCCGCCGCCACCCCCCGGGCCGCCGCCCGCGGAGGUAGCGGUGGAGCCGCGACUGCGGGCAGACCUGCUGCCCUCACACUUGCCCGAGGUGGUGGCCGGCCUCAGUUGCGCCUUCAUCGUGCUGGUCUUCGUCACCGUCUUCCUGGUCCUGCAGCUGCGCUCGGGCUUCAGCUUCCGAGGGGUGAAAGUAUACACCAUGGACCGCGGCCUCAUCUCCUACAAGGGGCUGCCCCCCGAAGCCUGGCAGGAGGAGUGCCCGUCCGACUCGGAGGAGGACGAGGGCCGGGGCGAGAGGACCGCCUUUAUCAAAGACCAGAGCGCCCUUUGACGAGCGCCUACUGCCCGCCCCUUCGAGCCCAUCCCCUCCUUGGGCACUUUUUAAUUCACCAAAGUAUUUUUUUAUCUUGGGACUGGGUUUGGACCCCAGUCGGGAGGCAAGAGGGGCAGAAACAGCUUCCCACCCUACCCUUGGGCCCCCUGGCGGCCUGAGAUGGGACCCCAGGGCCAGCUGGGUGUCGGGGGAUAGGGGGAGAGCCUGUCCCCACCCGCAGCAGCCCUCCGUGUGGAGAAAGGAAUGAAACCUUUAGGGCAGCUUUCCAAGGUCCAGGCCCCAGCCAGAGCGCCCGGUGAAGAGGGGCGGCCCUCCCGGGAUUCCUGACCAGGGCUGCGGCCCCUGCCUCUCGCCGUCCCUCUAAAGCAAUAAUGGGCCCCAUCCAGGCAGCAGGAGACUGGCCUAGGGGGUAUCGGAAGGAGGCUGCCACCUCCCUAAGGGCUUCUGCGUCCAGACCCUGUUCUGCAUUUCUGGUGAGCCUCAGGCAAAAGCAGUGAGCGAAGGACGGGGACCAAGGCCGGGCAGGCGCUUCCGGGGCACGCACAUGUGUGCCCAUGUUCGGCCCUCUGCCCACCUCCACUACAGCGGGCGGGCUGCCUGCCUCGAGAGGCUGGCCCCGCCCCAGGCUGGUGUGCUGACCACCCUCCCCUCUCCAGCACUCCCCCCUCCCGCCAGGGCCCGAGUCCCUGUUUUCUGAGCCCGGGGCUUUCUGGGCUGUUGGCACUCACAGCCCUGGAGCCCCUGGGUGGGUGGUGGGGAGGGACGGUGGCCCAGCCGGCCUCUCCCGCCUCCCACCCGAUGCUGCUUUCCCCUGUGGGGAUCUCAGGGGCUGUUUGAGGAUAUAUUUUCACUUUGUGAUUAUUUCACUUUAGAUGCUGAUUUUUUUUUUUUUUUGUAUUUUUAACGGGGGUAGCAGCAGCUGGACCAUCCACCCUCCCACACCCACUGUCCACCCUGCUGUUGCCCUCGGCUGCCCUGGGCCUGAGGUGUGGGGGGUGGGCUGCAGCUGAGCCCCGGAUACUGACGAGGCAGGCCAGGCCAAGUGGGCCCUAGGGAAGGAGGAUCACGGUGGAAGGGGCAGGCUGUCGUCCAUUUGAGAUGGGGCUCGUCGUGCCAAGGGCUCACGGGUCACUGGUUCUCCAAGUGCCAGGGGUGGGCAGGCAGUGGCACCGAGCCCCCUCCAACACUGUGCCCUGGUGGAGAAAGCACUGACCUGUCCUGCCCCCCAAGUCUCCCUCUUCUGACGUGCCUUUUGCACCCCUUCCAUUAGGACAAUCAGUCCCCUCCCAUUUGGGAGCUCCCUUUUCUUUCUUUCUCUCUCCCAGCCCCUCCUGGCACCCAGCCACCUGCCCAGAGGUGCCCCCUCCUCUUCCCACACCCACCCCCCCUCCCGUGGCCAGCCCAGCUGGUUUUGUAAGAUACUGGGUUGGUGCACAGUGAUUUUUUUUUUUCUUGUAAUUUAAACAGGCCCAGCAUUGUUGGUUCUAUUUAAUGGACACGAGAUAAUGUUAGAGGUUUUAAAGUGAUUAAACGUGCAGACUAUGCAAACCAGA